ACCUGCAAACAAUCAAGGCCAGUCUACCUUGCAGCCUUUGCCACCUCCCCAUAAGCAGCACUCUGCCCAGCAUCAUCCAUCCAUCACUUCUCUCAACAGAAACUCCCUGACCAAUAGAAGGAACCAGAGUCCGGCCCCGCCGGCUGCUUUGCCCGCCGAGCUGCAAACCACACCCGAGUCCGUCCAGCUGCAGGACAGCUGGGUCCUUGGCAGUAAUGUACCACUGGAAAGCAGGCAUUUCCUAUUCAAAACAGGGACAGGGACAACGCCACUGUUCAGUACAGCAACCCCAGGAUACACCAUGGCAUCUGGCUCUGUUUAUUCACCGCCUACUCGGCCACUACCUAGAAAUACUCUCUCAAGAAGUGCUUUCAAAUUCAAGAAGUCUUCGAAGUACUGCAGCUGGAAGUGCACGGCCCUGUGUGCCGUAGGCGUCUCGGUGCUCUUGGCAAUACUCCUGUCUUACUUCAUAGCAAUGCACCUCUUUGGCCUCAACUGGCAGCUACAGCAGACUGAAAAUGAUACAUUUGAGAAUGGGAAAGUGAGUUCUGACACCAUGCCAACAAACACAGUGUCAUUGCCUGCUGGUGACAAUGUGGAUCUCUCACAUCCGGGGAAACUAGGUGGAUUUACACAAGAAAACAACACCAUAGAUUCUGGAGAACUGGAUAUUGGCCGGAGAGCAAUUCAAGAGGUUCCUCCUGGGAUCUUCUGGAGAUCACAGCUCUUUAUUGAUCAGCCACAGUUUCUUAAAUUCAAUAUCUCUCUUCAGAAGGAUGCAUUGAUCGGCGUGUAUGGCCGAAAAGGCUUACCACCUUCCCACACUCAGUAUGACUUCGUGGAGCUCCUGGAUGGCAGCAGACUGAUUGCACGAGAGCAGCGGAACCUGCUGGAAUCAGAAAGGGCAGGACGGCAGGCCAGAUCCAUCAGCCUGCAUGAGGCUGGCUUUAUCCAAUACUUGGAUUCUGGAAUCUGGCAUCUGGCUUUUUAUAACGACGGGAAAAAUACAGAGCAGGUGUCUUUUAAUACCAUUGUUAUAGAGUCUGUGGUGGAAUGCCCCCGAAAUUGCCAUGGAAAUGGAGAGUGUGUUUCUGGAACUUGCCAUUGUUUUCCAGGAUUUCUGGGUCCAGAUUGUGCACGAGCAGCCUGUCCAGUGUUGUGUAGUGGCAACGGGCAGUACUCCAAGGGACGCUGCCUCUGCUUCAGCGGCUGGAAGGGCACCGAGUGUGACGUGCCGACGACUCAGUGCAUUGACCCGCAGUGUGGGGGUCGUGGGAUUUGUAUCAUGGGCUCUUGUGCUUGCAACUCAGGAUACAAAGGAGAAAGUUGUGAGGAAGCUGACUGUCUAGACCCCGGAUGUUCUAAUCAUGGUGUGUGCAUCCAUGGGGAAUGUCACUGCAAUCCAGGAUGGGGUGGUAACAAUUGUGAAAUACUGAAGACCAUGUGUCCAGAUCAGUGUUCCGGUCAUGGGACAUAUCUUCAAGAGAGUGGCUCCUGUACUUGUGACCCUAACUGGACCGGCCCAGACUGUUCAAAUGAAAUCUGUUCCGUGGACUGCGGCUCCCAUGGCGUUUGCAUGGGGGGCUCCUGCCGCUGUGAAGAAGGCUGGACAGGCCCCGCAUGUAACCAGAGAGCUUGUCACCCCCGCUGUGCUGAGCAUGGGACCUGCAAGGACGGCAAGUGUGAGUGCAGCCAGGGAUGGAACGGAGAGCACUGCACCAUCGAGGGUUGUCCGGGUCUGUGCAACAGCAAUGGCAGGUGUACAUUGGACCAGAACGGCUGGCAUUGUGUUUGCCAGCCAGGCUGGAGAGGUGCUGGCUGUGACGUAGCCAUGGAGACCCUCUGCACGGACAGCAAAGACAAUGAAGGCGAUGGACUCGUUGAUUGUAUGGAUCCUGAUUGCUGCUUACAGAGUUCUUGCCAAAAUCAGCCCUACUGUCGUGGGUUGCCAGAUCCUCAGGAUAUCAUAAGCCAAAGCUUACAGUCACCACCUCAGCAGGCUGCCAAAUCCUUCUACGACCGAAUCAGUUUUCUCAUAGGCUCUGACAGCACCCAUGUCAUACCUGGAGAGAGUCCUUUCAACAAGAGCCUUGCAUCUGUCAUAAGAGGCCAAGUUCUAACUGCUGAUGGAACUCCACUCAUUGGAGUAAAUGUCUCAUUUUUCCAUUACCCAGAAUAUGGAUAUACCAUUACCCGCCAGGAUGGAAUGUUUGACUUGGUGGCAAAUGGUGGGGCUUCUCUAACUUUGGUCUUUGAACGGUCCCCAUUCCUCACUCAGUAUCAUACUGUGUGGAUUCCAUGGAAUGUCUUUUAUGUGAUGGAUACCCUAGUGAUGAAGAAAGAAGAGAAUGACAUUCCCAGCUGUGAUCUGAGUGGAUUUGUGAGGCCGAACCCUAUCAUUGUGUCGUCACCUUUGUCCACCUUUUUCAGGUCUUCUCCUGAAGAUAGUCCCAUUAUUCCCGAAACACAGGUACUCCACGAGGAAACCACAAUUCCAGGAACAGAUCUGAAACUUUCCUAUCUGAGUUCCAGAGCUGCAGGGUACAAGUCAGUCCUAAAAGUCACCAUGACCCAGGCCAUCAUACCCUUUAAUCUCAUGAAGGUUCACCUCAUGGUUGCUGUAGUAGGAAGACUCUUUCAAAAGUGGUUUCCUGCCUCACCAAACUUGGCCUAUACUUUUAUAUGGGAUAAGACAGAUGCAUAUAAUCAGAAGGUCUAUGGUCUGUCAGAAGCUGUUGUGUCAGUUGGAUAUGAAUACGAGUCGUGCUUGGACCUGACCUUGUGGGAAAAGAGGACGGCCAUAUUGCAGGGCUAUGAGCUGGAUGCCUCCAACAUGGGCGGUUGGACAUUAGACAAACAUCAUGUUUUAGAUGUCCAGAAUGGCAUACUGUACAAGGGAAAUGGGGAAAACCAAUUUAUCUCCCAGCAGCCCCCAGUUGUCAGCAGCAUCAUGGGCAACGGGCGAAGGCGCAGCAUCUCCUGCCCCAGUUGCAAUGGUCAAGCUGAUGGCAACAAGCUCUUGGCCCCAGUAGCGUUAGCUUGUGGGAUCGAUGGCAGUCUCUAUGUCGGGGACUUCAACUAUGUUCGGCGGAUAUUCCCUUCAGGAAACGUAACAAGUGUUUUGGAAUUAAGCAGCAACCCAGCUCAUAGAUACUACCUUGCAACGGAUCCUGUCACAGGGGACUUGUACGUUUCUGACACCAACACGCGAAGAAUUUAUCGACCAAAGUCACUGACGGGUGCAAAGGACUUGACUAAAAACGCAGAAGUAGUGGCAGGGACAGGGGAGCAAUGCCUUCCAUUUGACGAAGCCAGAUGUGGGGACGGAGGGAAGGCUGUGGAAGCCACACUCAUGAGUCCCAAAGGAAUGGCAAUUGAUAAGAAUGGAUUAAUCUACUUCGUUGAUGGAACCAUGAUUAGAAAGGUGGAUCAAAAUGGAAUCAUAUCGACUCUCCUAGGCUCCAACGAUUUGACCUCGGCCAGACCUUUAACUUGCGAUACCAGCAUGCACAUCAGCCAGGUACGUUUGGAGUGGCCAACUGACCUAGCCAUUAAUCCCAUGGACAACUCCAUUUAUGUCCUGGAUAACAACGUAGUUCUACAGAUCACUGAAAACCGUCAAGUUCGCAUUGCUGCUGGGCGGCCCAUGCACUGCCAGGUGCCGGGAGUGGAAUACCCCGUGGGGAAGCACGCAGUCCAGACAACUCUAGAAUCAGCUACUGCCAUUGCUGUGUCCUACAGCGGGGUCUUGUACAUUACUGAAACCGAUGAGAAGAAGAUUAAUCGAAUAAGGCAGGUCACGACGGAUGGGGAGAUCUCCUUAGUGGCGGGAAUACCUUCUGAGUGUGACUGCAAAAAUGAUGCCAACUGUGACUGUUACCAGAGUGGCGAUGGCUAUGCCAAGGACGCCAAACUCAAUGCUCCAUCCUCCCUGGCCGCCUCUCCAGAUGGGACACUGUACAUCGCAGACCUAGGAAAUAUUCGCAUCCGGGCUGUGUCCAAGAAUAAGCCUUUACUUAACUCUAUGAGCUUUUAUGAAGUCGCAUCACCAACUGAUCAAGAGCUCUACAUUUUUGACAUCAAUGGCACUCACCAGUACACCGUGAGUUUAGUCACAGGUGACUACCUGUACAAUUUCAGCUACAGCAAUGACAAUGAUAUCACUGCUGUGACAGACAGCAAUGGCAACACCCUGAGAAUUAGACGAGACCCUAAUCGGAUGCCAGUUCGAGUGGUGUCACCAGAUAACCAAGUGAUAUGGUUGACAAUUGGGACAAAUGGCUGUCUGAAAAGCAUGACAGCUCAAGGACUGGAAUUGGUUUUGUUUACCUACCAUGGCAAUAGUGGCCUUCUAGCCACUAAAAGUGAUGAGACUGGAUGGACCACAUUUUUUGACUACGACAGUGAAGGUCGUCUGACAAAUGUGACGUUCCCAACUGGAGUGGUCACAAACCUGCAUGGGGACAUGGACAAAGCCAUCACGGUGGACAUUGAAUCAUCCAGCCGAGACGAGGAUGUCAGCAUCACCUCUAAUCUGUCCUCCAUCGAUUCUUUCUACACCAUGGUUCAAGAUCAACUAAGAAACAGCUACCAGGUUGGCUACGACGGCUCCCUUAGAAUCAUCUACGCCAGUGGCCUGGAUUCACAUUACCAGACAGAGCCGCACAUCCUGGCCGGCACGGCCAACCCAACGGUUGCCAAAAGAAACAUGACACUUCCUGGGGAGAACGGUCAAAAUUUGGUGGAAUGGAGAUUCCGGAAAGAACAAGCCCAAGGGAAAGUCAACGUCUUUGGCCGAAAGCUCAGGGUUAACGGCAGAAACCUCCUCUCUGUUGACUUUGAUCGAACAACAAAGACAGAAAAGAUCUAUGACGACCACCGUAAAUUCCUGCUGCGGAUCGCCUAUGACACAUCCGGCCACCCCACUCUCUGGCUGCCCAGCAGCAAGCUGAUGGCCGUCAACGUCACCUACUCGUCCACAGGCCAAAUUGCCAGCAUCCAGAGAGGCACCACCAGCGAGAAAGUGGAUUAUGACGGGCAGGGGAGGAUUGUAUCCCGAGUCUUUGCAGACGGGAAAAUGUGGAGUUACACCUACUUAGAAAAGUCUAUGGUGCUCCUGCUUCACAGCCAGCGGCAGUACAUCUUUGAAUAUGACAUGUGGGACCGCCUGUCCGCCAUCACCAUGCCCAGUGUGGCCCGUCACACCAUGCAGACUAUCCGGUCCAUCGGCUACUACCGGAACAUAUACAAUCCCCCCGAGAGCAACGCCUCGGUCAUCACAGACUACAACGAGGAAGGACUGCUUCUGCAAAAGGCUUUCUUGGGCACAAGUCGAAGGGUCUUGUUCAAAUAUCGGAGGCAGACCCGGCUCUCAGAAAUUUUAUAUGAUAGCACAAGAGUCAGUUUUACCUACGAUGAAACAGCAGGCGUUCUCAAAACAGUAAAUCUUCAGAGUGAUGGUUUUAUUUGCACCAUCAGAUACCGACAAAUUGGCCCCUUGAUUGACAGACAGAUCUUCCGAUUCAGUGAGGAUGGGAUGGUCAAUGCCAGGUUUGACUACAGCUACGACAACAGCUUCCGUGUGACCAGCAUGCAGGGCGUCAUCAAUGAGACUCCCCUGCCCAUUGACCUCUACCAGUUCGAUGACAUUUCUGGCAAAGUCGAGCAGUUUGGAAAAUUUGGAGUUAUCUAUUAUGAUAUCAACCAGAUCAUUUCCACAGCCGUGAUGACUUACACAAAGCACUUUGAUGCCCACGGGCGCAUUAAGGAAAUUCAGUAUGAGAUAUUCAGGUCACUCAUGUACUGGAUUACAAUUCAGUAUGACAACAUGGGUCGGGUGACCAAGAGAGAGAUUAAGAUAGGGCCGUUUGCCAACACCACCAAAUACGCUUACGAGUAUGACGUGGAUGGGCAGCUGCAGACAGUCUACCUGAACGAGAAGAUUAUGUGGAGGUACAACUAUGACCUCAACGGGAACCUCCAUCUCCUGAACCCCAGUAACAGCGCACGGCUGACGCCGCUCCGCUAUGACCUGCGAGACAGAAUCACCCGGCUGGGCGACGUCCAGUAUCGGUUGGAUGAAGAUGGCUUCCUCCGACAGAGAGGGACAGAAAUCUUUGAGUAUAGCUCCAAGGGGCUUCUGACCCGAGUUUACAGUAAAGGCAGUGGCUGGACGGUGAUCUAUCGCUACGAUGGCCUGGGAAGGCGGGUCUCCAGCAAAACCAGCCUCGGGCAACACCUGCAGUUCUUCUAUGCUGACCUAACUUACCCCACCAGGAUCACUCAUGUCUACAACCAUUCUAGUUCAGAAAUUACAUCUCUUUACUAUGACCUCCAGGGACAUCUCUUUGCCAUGGAAAUCAGCAGUGGGGACGAGUUCUACAUCGCAUCAGAUAACACAGGGACACCACUGGCUGUGUUCAGUAGCAAUGGGCUCAUGCUGAAGCAGAUUCAGUACACCGCCUAUGGGGAAAUCUAUUUUGACUCCAAUAUUGAUUUUCAGCUGGUCAUUGGGUUCCAUGGUGGGUUGUAUGACCCACUCACCAAAUUAAUCCACUUUGGAGAAAGAGAUUAUGACAUUUUAGCAGGGCGAUGGACAACGCCUGACAUAGAAAUAUGGAAGAGAAUUGGGAAGGACCCAGCCCCUUUUAACCUGUACAUGUUUAGAAAUAACAACCCUGCCAGCAAAAUCCACGAUGUGAAAGAGUACAUCACGGAUGUUAACAGCUGGCUGGUGACAUUUGGAUUCCAUCUGCACAAUGCUAUUCCGGGAUUCCCUGUUCCCAAAUUUGACUUAACAGAACCUUCGUAUGAACUUGUGAAGAGUCAGCAGUGGGAAGAUGUACCGCCCAUUUUCGGAGUCCAGCAGCAAGUGGCCAGACAAGCCAAGGCCUUCCUGUCCCUGGGCAAGAUGGCAGAGGUGCAGGUGAGCCGGCGCAAGGCUGGCGGCGAGCAGUCGUGGCUGUGGUUCGCCACGGUCAAGUCGCUCAUCGGCAAGGGCGUCAUGCUGGCCGUGAGCCAGGGCCGCGUGCAGACCAACGUGCUCAACGUGGCCAACGAGGACUGCAUCAAGGUGGCGGCCGUGCUCAACAACGCCUUCUACCUGGACAGCCUGCACUUCACCAUCGAGGGCAAGGACACGCACUACUUCAUCAAGACCACCACGCCCGAGAGCGACCUGGGCACGCUGCGGCUGACCAGCGGCCGCAAGGCGCUGGAGAACGGCAUCAACGUGACCGUGUCGCAGUCCACCACGGUGGUCAACGGCAGGACGCGCAGGUUCGCCGAUGUGGAGAUGCAGUUCGGGGCGCUGGCUCUGCACGUGCGCUACGGCAUGACCUUGGACGAGGAGAAGGCGCGCAUCCUGGAGCAGGCGCGGCAGCGCGCGCUCGCCCGGGCCUGGGCGCGCGAGCAGCAGCGCGUGCGAGACGGCGAGGAGGGCGCGCGCCUCUGGACGGAGGGCGAGAAGCGGCAGCUGCUGAGCGCCGGCAAGGUGCAGGGCUACGACGGCUACUACGUGCUGUCGGUGGAGCAGUACCCCGAGCUGGCCGACAGCGCCAACAACAUCCAGUUCCUGCGACAAAGCGAGAUCGGCAAGAGGUAACGCCCGGAGAAGGGCGCGCGCGCUGUCCCCUGCCGGUAGCGGGGACACCGGACUGACCUGGGCGUAGCCUGGACACGUCUGCGCAAAGCGUUCUGGAGCACAACCCGAAUCGGACUCUCCGGCACACGGAAGAGCCUUCUGGAAGAACGAAACUGCUAUUUAAAAAACCCACAAAGACAACUUUUUUCUGAAUGACCUUAAAGGUGAUCGGCUUUAAAGAGUAUGUUUACAUAUGCGUAUCGCUGCACUCACAUGGACCUGAGGUAGUCAAAUUAAAAAUAAUACUAAGGAAAGAAAGAAAAAACAAAGGCCUCAACAUUUUGCUCUGGGCCUUCUGCUCCUUCCACUGUAUUCAAGGUCAAACAUGAGUACAGUGUUCCCAAACGUGACCGAAUUGUCGUCCUUUGCUUACAAGAAGUAGUCUCUCUGUAUGGGAUGUAAUACGUGUCUCUGUUCAUCUGGGGCAGAAUCGGCUGUU